AUGUCAACGACACGCGCGCUCCUACCAAGGCCAGCGUGCUACGCCCCGCACAGAGUAGCCUCUGUUGUCUUCUUCUUCUUCGUCUUCGUCUUCGUCUUCGUCGUCGUCGUCGUCGUCGUCGUCGCUACUACUGCUGCUGUUGCUGCUGCUACUGCUGCUGCCACCGCCGCUGCCGCCGUCAUCGUUGUCGUCGUCGUCGUCGUCAAUCGACAGCUCCACAUAAUCGUGUCCACCGUUGAUUGUCUGUCGCUGUCUGCUGCGCUGCGUCGGUGGUUAGACCAACUGCCUUCAUCGUUGUGGUCAUCAUCCCGGUGGUGGUUAGGUGAAGAGAAGGAGACACUGCAGCGUCGCUCACGCAGGCCUGAGAUGAGCGACCAUGGCUGCAUACACUUGAAUAAUUUCAAAGCAGCCAAGGGUAUCCAGCCGUACAAAGUGAUACACUCCUAUUUUGUGACCAGCACGUCCACCGAGGCACGCGCCGUUAGUUGUUUAUGUCACACAUGUAAGACUUAUAAAGACCGCCUACAUUCUUGUCUUCAUUGUAUAUUCUUUGGCUGUUAUGUAAAAGGUCAUAUACAAGAACAUGCAAAGACAAAAAAACAUUUUUUAGCUGUUGAUCUUUGUUACGGAAAUAUUUUGUGCUUCCAAUGUGGAGAUUAUGUAUAUGAUAGGGAGCUAUUAGCAGUUGCUAAAGCACAGUGGAGUGAAUCUGCAAAAUCAUUGAGCUUUGGAGAGUUUUAUCGAUCAUGGGAACCAACGCAGAUAGAGGCAGAAUUAUUGAGAAAACAUCCACGCAGAAGGCGUGUGGUCGAAAAUUCUACCAUAGGUUUAAGAGGACUUAUAAAUCUUGGAAGUACAUGUUUCAUGAACUGCAUAGUGCAGGCACUCAUACACACACCACUGUUAAGAGAUUAUUUUCUUGCUGACCGUCAUCACUGCCCACAGCCGACACGCUGCCUGGUCUGUGAAGUAUCCCAUCUUUUUCAGGAAUUUUAUUCGGGUAGCAAAACACCGCUGACGCUUCAUAAGCUCCUCCAUUUGAUUUGGACACAUGCUAGACAUUUAGCAGGUUACGAACAGCAGGAUGCCCAUGAAUUCUUUAUAGCUACACUAGAUGUUUUACAUAAACAUUGUGAAGCAGCACCCAUCUUAGUAAAAGAUAAUCCACAUCACUGUAACUGUAUCAUUGAUCAAAUCUUUACCGGUGGACUUCAAAGUGAUGUGGUUUGUCAGGCAUGCAACGGAGUGUCCACUACAAUAGAUCCGUUCUGGGAUAUAUCUUUGGAUUUGGGUCCAGGGGCUAGUGCAUCAGGUUCCGAUAGUUCUGGUCCUCCUACUUCGUUAUUAGAUUGUUUGGAGAGAUUCACGCGUGCUGAACAUUUGGGAUCUAGCGCAAAAAUAAAGUGCAGUAAUUGUCAGACGUAUCAAGAGAGUACCAAGCAAUUAACUAUGAGGCAACUCCCUAUCGUGGCCAGCUUUCACUUAAAAAGAUUCGAGCACUCUAGUAUACAGCAUAAAAAAAUUUGUACGUUUAUCUCGUUCCCAGAACAAUUAGACAUGACUCCAUUUAUGUCGCAUAGACGGAACGGCAAUAAUAACAGUGCAAUGAUAGAUGGAUUACCAAAGAAUGGAGAAGACAUGGCGUUUAGCGACAAUAGAUAUUCUCUAUUCGCGGUAAUAAAUCAUGAAGGAUCUUUGGAGACUGGACACUACACUGCCUUCAUACGGCAGCAGAGAGAUCAAUGGUUUAAAUGUGAUGAUCAUUUGAUUACAAGAGCAAGGUUAAAAGACGUCUUGACUAGCGAAGGGUGAGUUCAUGGCAUUGGUCACAGUGCCAUUAGUACCAUUACCAAGGAUCCAGUGAAAAAAGCUUUCCUUUUCAGGUAUCUCCUUUUUUAUCAUAAACAAAUUUUGGAGUACGGUCGAAACACGAAGGUGUAAAAUUUUAGAUUAUGUAACUAAUUUAUUUAUCAUGAUGAAUUACGAAAGAUAGAUUUAAGUUUCUUUUAGCAUUUUAAGAAAAAGAAACAGCUUGUUCCUUCUGGAAACUAUUUCGUGUCUUUAAUCCAGCUCGUAUAUCAAUUUAUGCGACGGGAGAUAAGAGUAAUAAAUCGAAGGCCUCAAAAAUGAAAUUUCAAACUUUUAUUCGAAGUGAUUGUUAGAAAGUGAUUAUGGACGGAGAUAUUUUCAAUGAAAUUAAAAAAAAAAGGAAGAAAAUUUUGACAAAUGGUUAUACUAUUAUGCUUUGAUCAUGCGAUUAGAAAGAAACAAUAAACUAGAAUCAAAUAGUCAAAAUUGAACAGAUGUCUGUUAGCAUAAAUAUUUGUCAUGAUAUUAAUCUUAAUUAAUUUUUGAGAUGCAGAAAUGUAUGUAAAAGAAUUAUGCUCGUUCUAUUAUUUUCUAUUUUUUUUUUUUGUAUCGUUGUAUUAAUUAUAUUUGACGAAAUCUAGGCUGGUGCAUACGGUGAUCGAUUUCUCUAUUCGUGUCCUAAAGUAACAUAAGUGUAAUUUUAAGAUUAGCUCAAUUUUUUUAAAUGACCGAUCGCAUUUUUGUAUAUCGCUGACUGUUAUUAUAUUCCUGCCCUGACACUUGUAUACACAAAAUCACCAAGGAUGGAUCACAUGAUUCGAAAGUAUUGUAAUUAAUAAGUUCGAUUUUUAAGUACGAUCAAAUUAAGAAAGCAUUUUAUUCACAUGAUUCAUCGUGUCAGUCAUCCUUUGGUGAUUCAAUUUUGUACAAAUGAAAUAAUACAUAUAGCAAAAAUAGAGGGAUAAUGAUAUUAUUCAUAUACAAGAUGAAUUAUUUCGCUCGACUGUGUAUAAUAAAAGAAGAAUCACUGUUUGACAAAUUUCUUUCUGGUGUUGCCCGGUUUUCUCUCAGAAAAAGAAAAAACUAAAAAAAAAAAAAAAA